AUUAAAAUGGAGAAGAUGAUCAAAGAGAAUCAUCACAAGUACAACGCCAAGCCAAGAAAAUCCCACCGCAAUACGGCGUCGUUUUCGUCGACACUCCUCGACGAGAUCUGCCGCUCGAUCGACGGCGGAGAUUGCGCCAAGGCGUGCGACAACAACGGCCAAGAUGGCUCGUCGAAUUUUGCGAGGAGGACUUGUUUCGUUGAUAAAUGGAUGAUCGAACAAAGCAUCAAUGCUAACUCGAACAACAACGCCGUAAGAAGAAGAUCGUCGAUCCUCCCCGAUUGGGAAGAUUGGAUAAACGACACCAAUAGCGAUUCGAUGUUCUUGAGCUCGAAGUCGAAUUCGAUUUCCUCCGGAAGUACAACUUCCGGAGGAGCACGUACAAGUUCAGACAUCGAUUUCCCGGGACCUUUAGGUCUCUCGUGUUUCUCGACGAGACCUAAACCCGUUCGAGUAACAUGCGAAGAGACGAAAAACAAAUCGAGCCUCGAUCAAGACGACCAUGUCAAGUCUAGAAGAUCGACGGCCUUAAAAUUCUACGCCGGUUUGAAGAAACUUAAGCAACCGAUCUCGCCGGGAGGGAAGCUCACGAGCUUCAUCAACUCGAUUUUCGCCAAUGGUGCGAAAAAAAAGUUCGAAAAACAUCAACAACCUCACGAUCAUUUGCAAUCGGAGCCAUCGUCAACUUCCUCUUUUUCGAGGUUCUAUUCUAACAAGUAUCGUCCGAGGGACAAGAUCGCGACAAAUGGCGAUCAACGGACGGUCAGAUCCCAUCCUUCCGGCGAGCCACGUCGCCAUCGGAGCAUUCAUUAUUACAAUGAAGAAUGUCAUAGAAGACCUCCGUUGCCACCGAAGUCCGGCAGCCAGAUUCCGAGGAAGAAUGAAUUUUAUGUUCCGAGGAGGAUUCGACGCGACGAGGAUGAUGAUGCCGACGUCGACGCCGCGAGCGAAUCGAGCUCGGAUUUGUUCGAAAUUGAUCACUUGUCGGUGAUCGGCAGCAGCCGGAGAUUCAGUGAACAACUUCCGGUGUAUGAAUCUACAUACUUUUUUUAA